CUGCUUUACUAGUCUGCACAGUCGUGUCUUUCUCUGCUGAUUUCUGUCUGACUGAGCUUGAUGGGAAGCUGUGUGAAAUGCCAAGCAGGUACAGCCCUUGGUAUGCUCCCGGGCUAGUGAGCCUAAGUUACCCUCAGAUUGCGGUGAUUGCGUGUCAGGACGACCUGAAGGCGAGUUUUCGGGCCCGGCUGAGGCCGUAAGCGAUGGCGAAGUGAUCAUAGGGAGACAUGAAUAAGCCCAAAAUGACUACCGAAAAAGGAGUUCCCAGUAACUCGCGGGUUGUCAUGCUCCUGGGCCAGCUGGAGAGGAUGAAUGGGGAGGCUGUGCCGGGCGACGCUGAGAUGGCUCGACACGUCACUGGCAAAAUCCUCCACCUCAUCCAGACGCAAGAGAAGACCAGGAAGGAGAUGACGGCCAAGGGUUCGAGUGGCAUGGAGGUGAUCCUGGCCGCCCUGGAGAACAUGCAGGACCUCCAGGCCGUACUGAACAUCCUGUGUAUUCUAAAUGAACUGGUCUCCGUAGGCGGGGGCAACAGGGUGGGGGCACUUGUGUCCAAGGGGGGGACGGCCAUCCUGCUUCAGCUGCUGCUCAGUGCCAGUAAGGAUGUCCCUCCCAGCGAGGAACUCAUGCUGCAGCUUCACUCCAUCCUCGCCAAGGUGGGACCCAAAGACAAGAAGUUUGGCGUCAAGGUGCGAGUGAACGGAGCCCUUAACAUCACCGUGAACCUCCUGAAGCAGAACUUACAGAACCACAAACUCCUGCUGCCUUGUUUACAGGUUCUCAGGGUUUACUCCAGCAACACGGUGAACGCAGUGUCUCUUGGGAAAAACGGUGUUGUGGAGCUUCUGUUUAAAAUAAUUGGGCCAUACAGUAAGAAGAACACCAGCAUUCUGAAGGUCGCACUGGACACACUGGCAGUACUGCUGAAAUCCAAAGCCAACUCCCGCCGCGCUGUGGACCGGACCUAUGUGCCUGCCCUGCUGGCCAUCUACCAGGACUGGCACCGUAACGACACAAGGCACAGGCAUGCCCACAUCCGCAAGGGCAUCUUGGGAUGCAUCCGGAAUGUCACCAACAUCAAGCUGGGCCGGAAGGCCUUCCUCGACGCUGACGGGAUGAGGAUUCUCUACAGCACGUCCACUGAGUGCCUUCCCGUGCGGACGCUGGAUCCCCUCGUCAACACCUCCAGCCUUAUCAUGCGCAAGUGCUUCCCAAAGAAUCGGCUGCCCGUGCCCACCAUCAAGAGUGUCUUCCAGUAUCGGCUGCCCCAUGUGCCCGCUGAGGGGCCUGUGGCCCAGCUGUACCGGCAGCCACCUGAAGUGGAUGACGUUGUCGAUGAGAGUGAUGACAAUGACGACGCCGACACUGAGAAUGACACGGAGAACGACGAGGACGACGGGGACUGCUGUUUGCAGAACGACGACAUCGAGACAGACCUUGACAAGCUGCGGCCUGGGGAUCAGGCCAGCCGGACCAUGGAGGAGCUGCGGAUGUACGAGUGCUUCUUCUCUGAGCUUUCGGAGGACUUUCAGGGGUAUCGCUUCGACGGCAGCAGCCCAUGUCAGACACCGUCGCUGCCGUCAAAGUCCCUCAGCUGCAUUGUGGUCCCCACUGCACCAGAUAUGACGCCCUCGGAUUCAAAUCUGGUCCAAUUGGAGUGUACGGACAAGGCCCUCGACCAGCGCCCGGGGGUGGGACUGGAGCAGGCGUUGGUGCGCGAGCUGGGCCGCGUGGCUCUUGACGGAGGUGCGGCCCCGAAUGGGCAGAGGCUUGCGGCAGAGAGUGAGGUGGAACGCGAAGAUGACUGCAGCUCUCACUCGUCCGGGGACCAGGCUGUCCUGGAGGUGCCUGAUACGGCCGCACUGCUGCCCCUUCAUGACCCCGAGCUCUAUGUCGAGAUGGUCAAAGACACUAGGUCCGUCCCCCACUACUCCGAGGUGGCCUACCCAGACUACUUUGGGCACAUCGCCCCCACGUACCGAGAGCACAUCAUAGAGAGACUCUACGGGGUCCAGAGGUCAAAAAUCUUCCAAGACAUCGAGAGGAUGAUUCACCCCAACGACAUCCUGGACAAAGUUGUGUAUGAUUUGGAUUUGCACAGCUGUCCUGUGGUUGAUGAUGGAGAAUGUCUGAAAUUCAACUCCUUGUUUGAGUCUGGGAACCUGAGGAAGGCUGUCCAAGUCAGGAAGUUUGAGUAUGACCUCAUCCUGAACUCGGAUAUCAACAGCAACCAUUACCACCAGUGGUUUUACUUCGAGGUGAGCAGCAUGCGUGCUGGCACCCCGUAUCGGUUCAACAUCAUCAACUGCGAGAAGUCCAACAGCCAAUUUAAUUACGGCAUGCAGGUACUGAUGUACUCUGUCCGGGAAGCCAUCAAUGGACGGCCAUGCUGGGUUCGAACAGGGAUGGACAUCUGCUACUACAAGAACCACUUUUCCCGGAGCUCCAUAGCGGCGGGGGGGCAGAAGGGGAAGUCCUACUACACCAUGACCUUCACUGUGACCUUUCAGCACAAGGACGACGUCUGCUACUUUGCCUACCACUACCCCUACACCUACUCCACCCUCAAAAUGCACCUGCAGAAGCUGGAGGCAUUGAGGACCCCCCAGAUCUACCUGCGGCAGGACGUCCUGUGCGAGACUCUGGGAGGGAACAACUGCCCCCUCCUCACCAUCACCGCCAUGCCUCAGUCCACCAGCAACGACCAGAUCUGCCAGUUCAGGAACCGGCCGUACGUGUUCCUGACGGCGAGGGUCCACCCCGGCGAGACCAACGCCAGCUGGGUGAUGAAGGGCACACUGGAGUUCUUGAUGGGCACUGGCCCCGUGGCCCAGAGCCUUAGGGAGGCCUACAUUUUCAAGAUCGUCCCCAUGCUCAACCCGGACGGCGUGGUCAACGGGAACCACCGGUGUUCUCUCAGUGGAGAGGACCUGAACCGCCAGUGGCAGAGGCCCAACCCUGACCUGCAUCCCACCAUCUUCCACGCCAAAGGCCUGCUGCAGUACCUGUCUGCUAUCCAGAGGGUGCCACUGGUUUACUGCGAUUACCACGGACACUCUCGGAAGAAAAACGUCUUCAUGUAUGGAUGCAGCAUCAAGGAGACUGUGUGGCAGACUGACGUGAACGCCACAUCCUCUGACCUGCACGAGGACCUGGGCUACAGGACCCUGCCGAAGAUCUUGAGCCAGAUCGCGCCCGCCUUCAGCAUGGCCAGCUGCAGCUUCGUGGUGGAGAAAUCCAAGGAGUCAACGGCACGCGUGGUAGUGUGGCGUGAGAUCGGCGUUCAGAAGAGCUACACCAUGGAGAGCACACUGUGUGGCUGCGACCAGGGCAAGUACAAGGGCCUCCAGAUCGGCACCCGGGAGCUGGAGGAGAUGGGGGCCCAGUUCUGCGUGGCGCUGCUGAAGCUGAAGAGGCUCUCGUCCCCCCUGGAGCUCCGGCACGCCUCCCAUUUCCUGGAGGCGGAGGGCGACCUGAUCGAGACCAGCUGCAGGAACACCAGAGCGGGUGCUGGCUCCUGUACACCCACUUGGGCGCUGAGGGGGCGGAGAUCCGCUGACUUCUCCAGAGGGACCCCACGCUCACCCAGCGAGGAGGUGAGCCCCUCCUGCCCGUGCUCCCUGACAGGGGGUCGCCGUCAGAGAAACACGACACCGGCCGUGCUGUGUGCUAGUCUUCCGCCUCGUUCGAUCCCCGUCCGCUCUCAUUGAGCGGGUCACGGUCUCCGGCCACGCCCCCUGCAAACCCCCAUAUUUACUCUCGACUCUGCGGGGCACCAAACACGCCGGUCAAGAGCCGCCGCAGCUCUAAAGUUCAGCGAAUAAUGCAGCUUCCUGUGUGUCUCUGAGGGAGUGGCGGAAGCUGGGAUGGGAAGCCAUGCUGAAGAGACUCAGAGGGUGACAUCACAGCCACGCCAGAGCCUCUUUUAGCGCCCCCUAUCCUCCAUACUCUGUCCUGCAUGGUCUUUAAAUAGCUUUUAAAGGCUUCCUGAUAUCUCUGUGCUGAAUCCCUCACAUCCAGUCUCUCUCUCAGACGUGCACUCAGCAGGAUAAUAAAAGUAUUCCGUGCGGCUACUUUUACGAAUAGGCCCUACAAAUGUCUGAGGUCAUGUGACGCUCCAUCCCUGCAUUGUGCUCAUUUAAAAGUCAAUUAAAGGUGAAUUCUCCUCUAAGACCCUAUUAAGUUGCCUUCUGGAUGAUGGAGAGAUUCAAGGAGGGGUUUAAAUGGAAUGGUCUUCAUCCAGCUGAGAUCCACAAACCCAGGGUAGAAUGUGGACGAUUGAAAUUUACCAUCAUUGAUUUUUUUUUUUUUCAGGCCUGAUUUUGUUUUUAAUGACAGAUUGCGCAGGUGUCAGCUUGGUGGAUUCUCUCCCUUCUCUGAUGGAGACGCUGUUUGUCACUCUGCCUUUCACAUGGUACUGAGAUUUCAUUUGCCUGGUUGGUGUGGUCAGUGAGUCACACUGCGUUUUAACUCUUAACCAGCACCUUAGGUGCGCUUCCCCAUCUCCAUGGCGACCACGGCCUUCGCAAGCAGCCCAGCGUGAUGCUGACGUCUAGCCUGGGAAGAGCGAUCUCUGCUCUGUCUGGCUGUGUGGAUGGAGAAGAUGCAGAUCACUGCUGUGUUUGUGUGGGUGGGUGGAGGGAGACCCUCUCUGUUGUCAGAGCAGCGUUUGUCCUGCGUGGGAGUUAUGCAGGGGGAGGAGAGCAGCUGUUUCCCACAAUGCUUUGCAGCAUGAGUGACCUGCACCCGCAGGCAGCUCUUGGCCUUGGUGUGACCAAAGCUCCUGGGUCAUUUCAGAUUUAGUGCAGUGAACAUUUAUGGCUGCUUAAUGGCAACGGUUUAAUCGGAAUAUUACCAAAUGACGCUCAUGAUUUAUUCAGUAAUACGAUAUGAGACUGGAGGAACAAACAGCCCGGCGUUGCACGAGCGCAGUCCGCCAGCCCCGAGCAUCCGGGAUGUUUAGCCUGCUGUCCUUGUCAGAAGUUGACAUUGCGAGGAAAUACGAGCCUCUGCUCUCGCCUCACGAGGGUCUCAGGGACAGCAGCCAUACUGCCUUUGACUUUCAGCGUAAUGCCUGAUGUGGGUGUUAGAGAUGGGAGGGAAAGAUGAAGAAGACUGGUCAAGAUGGGGUAUCAGACGGUGAGGGGGAGUGAGAAAGAGGGAGUGUGUGUGUGCCUUCCUGCCUGCGCAUGAGCACGCUCAGAGCCUCUUGCACUCGGCCCGGGUUCAUCAGAUGUGGGGAAACCCAAUCUGAGUUUUCACUCAGCUCCUGGAUCAGAACCAGUACUGCUGCUCCCAGGGGCCGGUUGGGUUUCCCCAGAUUGUCCAUCAUCCUGUCAGAGGACAGCCCUUCCUGCAAGGGACACACGGGCACUGCAGUUACACGCACACACAGGGAAUAUAAAGCGUUUAUUGCCGUAUAAAAUGUGCUCAUGCAUAAAUCCCAACACAUACCCACACGGAAAAUCCUACUUUUCAUAUGGAACUCAGGCACACAUUCUGCACAUUCACACAACGCAGUUUCUGCACACUGUGCAAAUUUUGGUCGCCAGUGUAAGAACAGGUAGAAAUGCACCUUCUGUGUGUUCUCAGUUCACCGCGGGAUGCCUCAGUUGGGCCGGGCUGCCGGUGGAGACCUGGAGAGCAGCUACGUGAUACUGAGUGGUUGAAUGUGUUGACAGCUCUGUCCUGUACUGGGAUAAGGAGGCAGCGUGAUUUCCCUGCAGCGAGCGUACGUUAGCGAGGCCGAGAAGCUAAACGUGAGGGAAUCACGAUCCGCUUUCACGGUCGGAGGUGAGCGGGCUGUCAGUGAGUGUCUGAGAACUCAAAGUAGAAAGAUCCGAAAAAAAAAAGCAAGAUGUUUGUCCCUCUAAUGGGUUAGAGCGUGUGUGUCAGGGCUUGGGGUGGGUGGAGUCAUCAGAAUUGUGGAGUACUCUAUGAAAUAUUAAGAACCACUCAAACCUCCAUGAACAAAUAUCUCUCGUCAUCCUUGGAGGCAGAUACUGAUAUUGAGGACGCCUCUCACACACAUCACCGAUGCUCAGCCUGCCAGGUCAGCCUCUAAUGGCACCAAAUCACUUUAGCUCCUCCCAAGGAGUAUUUUAGCACGUUACCCCAGGAGGCAGCGCUCCUCGCCGUGCCGCUUGUCCCACGUGAGUGAGAUUAUGUUACGGCAACGAAGAAUGGCGUCGGCCUCUUGGGGCGGCGGGUAUGGGGGUGUGCUGGCUGCCCCUGUGCUCAUCUUGGCAGCGCGUUAUUCUGGGGUCCCCUGUGCUAUUAAACCAUUAGGAAAAUGGCGUUAAUCAUCAGCCGUGUCGGGGUCAGGGGUGGCCUUUGCGUCAUCGUGUCAGGUGGUGGAUACAGCUGAGGAGGUUCGGUGCAGUUUCAGGGAGGCCGCUGGUCUUAGCCAGUUAAAGCCACACGGCGGCCCAGUAGGCUGGGUUUUUAUUUAUUAUUAUGGUUUGUUUUAAUCUCUGUGUGAGGCUUUGCCGCACCCACCCUAACUGCUCUGCUUUAGGCUGACUCCUUAAGCAGUGCUGUGUGACGGUGGUGGUUCAUCAGAUCUUGUAGAGACGUUUGGCACAUGUUACCCAAUCCAGUGAGAUCCCAGCCACAUUUUGCAAGCCUGCUGUCUCUUAUUUUAAUUUCUUUACUGGCACUAAAAAUCACGGCUGCCGUGGCGAGAAGCCGGAUCGGCCCAUCGGGCCAGCAGUAGAGCUCUUUCCAGAACCAGAGGGUACUGGGGUUUCUGGGCUUCUGCGUGUCCACGAGUGGUAGGGCACCUUGGGGGAGGGGGUGCAUGCAGAGAUACACCUGAUCAGCCAUUUCAAUAAGGUGGCACAUUCCCAGCCUAAUAUGUGCUCUCGGUUGCCAUGGGGAUGUGUUAAGCAGCAUUCGCUGCACUCAUAUACUUAAGAGGUGAUGCAUUCUUUGUUGCCAUGGUGAUGUGUGGCACGGUAACCAUCUGCUAGGCCCCCACCUCCUGAUUUUGUCUAUUCAUUUUGUUGUGUUUUUGCCUCUCCUU